AUGGGCAAGAGGCGAGAGAAUGAGAAGAGAAAUAUGGAUAAUGAUAGCGGCGUCGACAAGAUCUUGAUUAUUCAAGCAUCGAUCCGGGACUCUUCUCUUCUGAGUCUGUCAAGGGUUGUACUUCACUAUCUAGCACCUCUGGAAUCAAAGCUUCUGCUACCCCAAGCUCGGUAUCAACCAUCCCUACUAUCCAGGCUUGUAAGUUCGACCCCGCUCUUUCCAAUGGUGAUUAUUGCCAACAUAUGUCUAGCUCAAGCUACUGGGUCCGAUGAUAGCUUAACCAUCAUGGUCGAUGCCUCUUGUCAACAAGCCGCUCCUCCUGGUACUAGAAAGACUUCAGCUGCAACGGGUAAACCAAACCCCCAGCACAAAACCACUGGAAAGACCCGAAGAGUGCCCGCCUUGUGUUCGGACCAGAAAACACUCGACGAGAGGAAGGCCGAGGGCAAGAAAACCUCGAUUUCCAAGUGGAACGCGUGGAGAACGAAGAACUUCAACAACUACUUCGAAUAUGACAACGCCGGCACUGCCCCCCGACCGCAGGGUAACCCCCAAGCCAGGUGGUACCACGUGGAGAAGGAAUUCAUCGAGAUAAUGCUCGAGAAGAUGAUCAAGAAUACUGACACCGCUUUGAGUGGCAAGGAUUGGCAAAAGCUGGCUAAAAAGCACAAUAAGAUGUUCAAGAGGACGAAAAUAACAGUUGCGGAGAGGCUCUUCAACGGGAAGGCUGCUACCAAGAGCGAGAUUAUUGGAGAGAGAAGUGUCGCGUCGCUAAGGUCCCAUUUCAGCAAGGACGAGGGGUUGAAGGAGCUUCAAUUGCAACUCAUCAAGAAGUAUGACCUAGACCACUAUGAGGGCCAUACCACGGAUAAAGACUCUGAUUCUGGAUCUGAUGAGCCGGUGCAGGACGCCAACUUGGAACGUGGCUCGAACAAUGAGAUGGACGAUCAGCGACCUGCUGCUCAGUCAACUGUUGGAGUUCCUGUUGCUUCUACGUGUCUCGCGGCUUAUGGGAUUGACUGCCUGGCAAUCUUGUAUUCUGCUCUGCUCCUUGGUUGCGGACGUUCUGUACCAUCUGUGAAGGAUAAGAGGAGCUACGUGUAG